UGUGUCUCUAAGAACUUGUAAGCUAUUUGUGAACAACAAAUUGAUGUUGUAAGAAGUGCAAGUCAUAUUUGAACUCAGAUUUAAACGUUUCGAAGAACGUAUUAAACUAUAACGAAAAGAAAAAUUGUGUCAAAGAGAUUAGAUGAUAACAUUUUUUGAAAAUGGAGCAAACUGGAAGAAAUAAGACAAAGUACAAUUCUCCACAUUCGUCCGCCACAUGGUCUACUAAACAAUCUACUGACACUAGAGUUUUGCCUGAUACGUAUUGGAAGUAUGCUCAAAGGAGUAAACAAGAUACUACUGAUAAAAGUACCAGACGCCAUCAGAACCCUAUGGCGGAACCAGCAGUGAAUUAUUAUUCCUCCGCAAAUUCUUACAAGAAUGUGAAACAUCACAGUCAUCCGUGUUCGACAUAUCCAAAACAUUCUUCCGCCGUUCACACGGAGACGCCACAUCGCUAUCAACAAACUAAAAAAAAUCCAAGCAGAAAUAAAGAUUACGUUAACGACGCUGCUGUCAUAAAAAAAGAUCGAUAUAAAAACCAGCAAGAAGGAGAAAACGAUACAGAAUACAUUGAGGACGUAUCAGGAAAUUAUACGGAAGACAAUUUAGUGGAGGAUGCUGACGACGAAGCGGCAAAUGAUCAAGAGGGGGUGGUUGAGUCCCUUGAUAAGGAGUACGAUGAGCAAGAUGUGGACGACCAGGUAGAUGACGAAUCUGAUGUGCCUGCCGAGCCACAGGCGAUGCAACGGGAUGCAGCUAAAAAAGAAGCGUUACUGCGAGCGCAGCAACGAUUGCGAACAAUUAACCAGCAACAAGAUCCACAUAGGAUCCAUUACCGUCAGCAUUCACCACGACUGCAAGCUCAUACUCUAGCAACAAGGUACUACAACAUACCCGAUCACGAUAUCCACGAAGCGUUAUCGGAGGAAGAUCUGUAUGUCGCGCAAGCAUUGAAAAGUCCUCCGCGAAGAUCAUCAGCGGGUUACCAUCAAAAUUGGAUUCCGCCGAGAAGUUCGGCCGAUCGAUAUGACACCACAUCGCCAACUCAGCUUAGUCGCCAGGCACGGGCGAGACCGGAAUCGAAGUCCUUCAUGGAGGUAGAGUUCGCUGACAGGAGAAGAUGUAGCCGGUGCGGCAGUAUCUCGAUCAAGAAGCCGUCGAGUUCUAGAAGAAACAACUACAGAUUUCAAGAUUCCCUUAGUUUUCCGACUAAGGGACGUUUUGGCGAUGAUGCCGAAAUUCUCGACCCCUUUUGGUGCGGACAUUGCAAGCCGAGACACUAUGUUGAAGAAAGUACGAUACCUAGUGAAAUUCCAUCACCGGCUUUAUACUCCAUGAAAUCGAGACGCUCCAGGGACGCUGGUACACCAAUGCACGAGACAUUGGAAGGAAAAUAUGCGGCGGACGAAAUAUCGCACGGAUACACGAGAAUUCCGCUCAGAUAUACCAAAGAUACGUCAAACGUUUCACGCGAUAGAAUCAGACAGCAGUCAGUACAAGGCCCAACUAGGACAUCCGUUCGUUAUAAUCCUUGACUCGCAUAAAAAAUUGAAAAGAUUAACGUUUCACGGACGGAAUAUGUAAAUUUUUUUAUUGGAGAUGAAUUUAUUGUUUUCAAAAAGUAUUCACGAAAUUUCAAGCAAGCACAAAAAAUUUGUUUUCUACGGCAAUAACCCCCGAAAUAAAAUUUUGUUUCUUGAUUUUAGCAGUGUCCAUUCGACUAUGUAAUAUUAUCUCUAAUCGCAGAGGUUAUUAAAGAAAAUGUCAGAUAUUCGUUUAUGCUUUACAGAGAAAAGAAUAUUUAGGUGCGAGCAAGGAGGGGUUUCGGAAUGGAAAUUACCACUUUAAGAAUAUCUUUCAUUGAAUCGUAGAGUUAGAAUGACUUCGAAUGACGAGGUGUCGAAGGAUCCGUAGACAUAAAAAUUAUCGAGAGCUGAUAUAGUAGAACCAUACACAACGAGAGAUGCCAUUACAAUGUAACAAUCACAAAUGAACUACGAUAAUACUCUUAUUCACAGUCAUUUCCCUCCUACCGGUUGUCUAACAUAUAUUUUUGUAACUGUCUUUCUCGAGUCGUGUAGAAGUACUCUGUGUACUAUGAUAAGAAAAUUAUGCCACGACGGCGCGAAAAAUUAAUCGCAAAUGUACAUAAAAAGGAAAAAUAGCAGAUAAUCGAGCCAAACGAAUAGAGCUGAUGUCGGAGCGAUUUAACGUCCUCUUUCUCAUUGUAACUUCGAAGAGGUAAACUUCACUUUAAAGUAAUGUCUUUUGGCACUGUGGCGCACAAAAUCGAUUGUAAAUACGUGAUACUAUUAUAUAAUUAAUUAUACGAUAGACGUACGCGUACAUGUUAAACGGAGAAUAAACUCUCAGUCUG